CGCAGUUUGAGGUCGCACAUGUGAGGUUAAAAUUCGGUGCAGAAAGUUGCCGUUUGUAGCUAUUUGAAAAAAAGCUGUAUUGCCGAAUUGUGCGUCGAGACCUUGCUGUACAGUGUGACUAGAGAUAAGUGUGAAUUUCUUGGCAGGAUCUUGGUAAAUUUUAAAUCGUGUGUCUUUCUCGUCAUACGGCGUGUGGAGAAGUUAACCAAAAAUGGCCGCUCAGAUGACUGGGUUAUUCAACACGUUGGGAAAGCUUGGUUUGGGACUUGCAAUAGCCGGGGGUGUUGUCAACUCGGCGCUUUACAACGUCGAAGCAGCACACAGAGCUGUGAUAUUUGACAGAUUUCGUGGUGUGUUACCAACCAUCUCCGAUGAAGGAACACAUUUUAUUAUUCCCUGGGUUCAAAAACCAAUAUUUUUUGAUUGUCGCGACAGACCAAGAAAUGUGCCUGUAGUCACUGGUACCAAAGAUUUGCAGAAUGUAAAUAUUACUCUUCGUAUUUUAUUCAAGCCAGUCCCUGAGCGGUUGCCGCAGAUCUACGUUAGUUUAGGUGAAGAUUAUGAUGAUAGGGUUCUACCUUCCAUCACUAAUGAAGUAUUGAAAGCUGUUGUGGCUCAGUUUGAUGCUAGCGAGUUAAUCACGCAGAGAGAAAUGGUCUCAUUGAAAGUUAGAGAUGAAUUAACUGACAGAGCUGCUGUGUUUGGUCUCAUUCUUGACGAUAUAUCUAUUACGCAUUUAACAUUUGGUAGGGAAUUCUCACAUGCCAUUGAAUUAAAACAAGUAGCCCAACAAGAAGCUGAAAGAGCUCGGUUUAUUGUAGAAAAGGCAGAAACAGAAACGUGCAGCCAUUAUAGCUGCCGAGGGAGACUCCAAAGCGGCUGAACUUUUAGCUAUAUCUUUCGGGGAUGCUGGCGAGGGUCUUAUUGAAUUAAGAAAGAUUGAAGCAGCGGAAGAUAUCGCACAUCAGAUGUCAAUGUCACGCAACGUAGCAUAUCUACCGUCAGGACAGAAUACAUUACUCAGCUUACCAGCAAUGUAGUUUGGGGGAUUCAUUGAUUGGUUCCAGGGUGUAUGAGCUAGGGUUUCCAACUUCCAGUGACAUGUGACGAGAUCUCACUCAAAUUGCACUUUCAUAGUGUACAGUUGUAAUAAUGAUAUUCUGUAUUCUGAGCACUGUGUUAAAUGUGACUGACCUUAAAUAGACUUUAAUAGCAGGGUUUAUUCUGUCUUUUUAUAAUAGAAAUCAUUUGUCGUUCUGCAAACUCGAUUACUGUGGAUUCCUCAGUGAAGUACUAAAUGUUGAAUUAUCAUAUUUGACAAUUUCUGUUGGGCACCAAUAAAUAAGUGUGGCUCAAAUGAAAUCAGAUUUCAGUUUCUUUCACAACCUAACAAUGUAUUUUUAAUAAACUCUUCUAUAUUCCAUUGUAGCAAGCUUUGACCAGUAAGUGAAACAUUAUAAACGUCUUGGUUGUCAGUGAAAAAUAUGCCUCUCAUCAAUGUGGUCAUGCUGUAAAAUAAACACCAAAUUUGUCUAUAUGCUGAUGCAAUUUCAACAGUUUUGCGUAAAGACAAUGAUAUUGGCUGCGCGUGUAUUGCAUAUGUGAAAACUGAAAGCAUGUCUCCUCUCCCUUAAUUGGUCAGUAUCCAUUUUAUGUUGCCAUGGCAAUGUUUCUGCUAAUCAACCAGGAUGAUCUUCAUCACCUGUUCUACUCAUCACAUGUCUCUGGACAGUGUUGCUAAAAAUACAUUCUUGAUUUGAUAUAAAAGCCUGAAAGUCAUCAACUUUCAAUACAUUUUUCGGUUCACAGGGCUAAAUGAUUUAUUUUAUAUCAAAUUAUACGGUCACAUACUGUGAAAGCUGGAAUUAUUUUCGCUGAAAAAAACCUUUUGGCUGUUAUGUGUGGAUUUUAUUUUCACUGAUUUUUGAAGAGUUGAAUAUGAAAUAUAGGAAAAAAAGUAUAUUCGCAGGAUUUUAUUUUCGCUGAAUCAUUCCUUUCAGCAAAAAUAAAGUAUUUUACAGUAAUUAAACAUGAGCUUUGAGAAUAGUUUUCAUUUUAUUCUCCAUAAUUAAAAUGAAUAUGUAUUGGUGGUUUACUGCAGUGUAAAUUUGUUUUUGUAACUGGGACCAUAUUACAAGAAAUUUUGCAGCAUUGUGUAUCCCUGACGCCCCAAGGUCUGAUCACGUCAAUUUUAAUAGUGUUUCAAAUCACAAGAAAAUUAAAUGAUCCUGAUUAUUCAUAGUUAACUAGAAUUUAAAUUUUUAUUUGGAUGGCUUAUUAUGUAGAUGACUUAAUACAAAUCUUGGGUUUUGUUUCUGUUGAGCCUUACCUCUAGAGACGCGUGUUUUUUUUAUGGUGCAUGGUGUGAAUUAAAAUGUUCAACUAUUGAUAGUAAUUCUGUAUUUUUUCAUUGAAGCUGGCAUAAGAUGGGUUGGGUUUAACCAACUGAUGAAAUUACAUUGGUUUGGAUUUAUUUAUCCAGACAAAAAAG